CUUUCGACUGUUUGGGCGCCAGUUACUCUGAGCGGUGUUCCAAGUGGAGUUAAUGAUUUUUGAAGCCAUGUUAUAAUUGUUCCCACUAAUAUCAGGAUGCCUGACAAAGCAAAUGCCUCCAAGAAAAAAUCUCAAAAGUUAAAAAGAAAUCCAAAAAGAAAAAUUGAUGAUGAAGAAAAGGAGUUGGCAGAGAAAGAGAGCAAUUUUAAAAAUUCAAUAUCAUCUCAACUGCCUGAACAAAAGGAAGAAAUAGAUAAAAUAGUGGAGACCACAGAGUCAAUGACUGGGAAUAUUCAAAGCCUCAAAAGCAAACUUCAGGUUCUGACAAGUGAGGUGGAUGAAGAGGAAGAGAAGGUGAAAAAGAUAUUUCAAAUGGAUGGUAGUGAGGUACUCUCUCUUCCAGAACUUUCUCAGAACAGUCUCAAAGCACCAAUACUUCAGAAAGAAAUUUUGAUGCUUAUCCCAAAUCAGAACGCUCUUCUAAAGGACUUGGAUGUUCUUCAUAAUUCAUCCCAGAUGAAGGAUAUGUUCACUUUCAUUGAAGAAGCCUACAAGAGACUUGAUGCCUCUUAAGUUUUUAUAGGAGAUUGUUUUAUAUUAAUUUAAAGCUUGUGAAUUUAUAUAGCUGUUAGCCUACCGUGAUACUUCAGAGGCUGAGGCUUCUGUGGGAAUUAUUAUCCCUUAAUAAUUACAUGUACUCUAAAAUUAGCCUGUGCAGAUCUGCUAUAAGCAUCUAGUAUAGUCCUGGAGACUCUGUUUUAGCAACUGGCAAGCCUGGAAAAAUCACAUUUAUUAUUUGCUACAUCUCUGGUUGUUUGCCUGGAACCAUUAAAUAAGAACCACCACAGUCCAUUAGUUAAUAGUGGCUGAAUGGAGGUCAUUUAUUGCUUAGUGCAGAUAAAAUAUGCUACAAGUUAAUAUAUGUAGUCUUUGUGUGGUACCUAGUACCUAGUUUGCUAUCGUUAAUAGCAUUUACCUGGUCUCUUGCAGUUUGUAUCUGGUCAACUAGAUCCUGAGAAACCCCCAAAUGCCUUUAGUCUUUUACAGAACUCCCUAGUCUUUUUGUGAAGUAGUUAAGAUUUGCCAGGUGCCUUUAACUGUGAAGGUAGCAUCAACAUUUUAUUUCUUUGGCUGAAUUAGUGAAUAGAUAUUGAAUAUUUAUUUUCCACUGUGAUCAAAGCAUGUUUUUUUUUUUUCAGAAAACUAUUAAAAAGAAAUUCCUAAGCAAGUUUAUUCUCUUUAGUGACCCCUUUAAACAAAGACCAAACAAAAGAACCUUUCUUUCUAAAACAUUUUUUUCCUCACUGUGGUAAACGUAUGUAUAUAUGUGACUAAAUUAUCACUACUAUAUGGAGAAAUCAUUUCUAACCAACUACAGUCUGUAGCAUGAGUUACUUUUAUCUAUUUGUGAAAUAAAAUCACUAAAAUUUCAUUAUUUUU